UGAAACGGGCAGUAAUUCCUAAUGGCAGCAGUGAUUGGGACUUUGCUCUUCGUAAAAUCUAAUUUCCCCCAUUUCCUUCCAUUCAUUUGCUCGUUCGUUCAUCCCCUGCAGCUGCACUGUUGCGAGGAACCCUCGUCGGCCAUCCCAAUAUUGGAGGACCAAAAACCCGCAGUAUACGCCUUUAAUACAAGUCACAAAGCUCAACCCCACAUGGACGCGUACCAGCAACCUCAGCGAUACAUGAGGCCCCCGCCACAGCCCCCGCCACUGCCGACGUCGGAUCCCCACCACCAACAAUUCCAACAUCACCAGCAACCACCUCCGCCGUGGUUCUCCAACCAGUUUCAGUACCAUCAUUCCCAGUCCCCGUCACCGCCUCCUUUGCAGUGGGCUCCUCCGCCUCCUCCUCCUCCUCACUCGGACCAUCUUCCUCCACCUGGUUCUGCUUAUCCUACGCCCCCUCACCCUUACCCUGCGCACCCGCCACCCCUCCACCACCACAACCAGUUCCCUCCUCCUCCUCCCUCUCGCACCCACGUGCCUCCCCACCUCCCUCCUCCUCCUCCUCCUCCUCCUCCUCCUCAUUCCCAGUUUCCCCAGUCUUAUCCUCAGGCCAGCCAAGACUGGGGCAGUACAAAUUGGCCUCACCCUCAGGGUUGGAGUUAUCCUGCCCAUAAUAAUGAAGAAGAUUGGGCUGCCAGGGCUCGAGCAUGGGCAGAUGCUAAAACCGCAAUGGAGAAUCAGCAUUCACAAUCACAGUUUACACCAGUUGGCAGGGUGGAAGAUCAAAGUCAUUAUUAUGAUCAGUAUCCACAAGCCGUUGAUGCUCAUUACCCUGAUAUUCAAGAUCAGUCUCUUUCUGCUCCAAGCUAUCAACAGUUUCCAGUGUCAGAUACGCGUCUACCUUACAAUAUUAGAGAUGGGACAUCGGCUGGAGAUUCAAGUGCUGUAUUUCAUCAUCAAGGAAACAUACUCACAAGUUCAUCUGUUCAUCAGCAGGAGGUACCUUCUAGUUAUUCUUCUAUUACAGGUAAAGAAGAUAAAACAGAUCAAAAUGAGCAGUCGUACAAACUGUUGUCUCUGCCAAAUUCCUCAGCUCAGGAGGGACAGCACCAUUUACCAAUGCCUGUACCCUUCACAUAUGGCAAUCAAUCAGCUGAUGCCACAACCAAUCUUGCUGAUCAGCCUUUAGAUUUUGCACCUAGAUUUAACCGUGAUCGUGAUCAACAUAUGCAAUCCACUUAUUCUCAUCAUGAUUCAGUUGGACCUGUAAGAAGCAUCGACCCUCACUCAAUAAAUAGCUGGACUCCCCCUAUUACACCUGGUUUGGUUUAUCCUUCAAUUUCUCCAGAUAUUACAUCAGGGGCACAGCAGCAUGAUCCUUCCCUGGCAAUACAGUCUCCUGUUCCUCGACAUGUUGCCCCUCCAUUUGGAACGUUCCAUGGACCAGGUCAGCCAGCAAUUCCAUCUGGUGGUAUACCCUUUGCUCUCAGUACAGGACCUGCACUUCAUCCUACCACAGCUUUCUCUGGUGAUGCAUAUGGAAUUUCUACUGUUUCUGAACGCCCUAAAAAGCCUUCAGUACCUAAUUGGCUUAAAGAGGAAAUAAAGAAAGCAGUCAUUACAAGUUCUUCUGUGGACCAUCCUAAGGAGGUAACACAAUCUGUUGAGGAUGAAGGUAUUGAUAAAUCUAUUGGGAAGGGUGACCAGGCAGAUAGCAAAAGCAUUGAUUCUUCUAGGUCAACUGAAGAAGAAGAAGAUGAGGAUGAUGUGGAAGCAGAAAGAACUGCAGCUAUUAACCAGGAAAUAAAACGUGUGCUAACUGAAGUUCUUUUAAAGGUUACUGAUGAGCUGUUUGAUGAAAUUGCCACUAAAGUUAUUGGUGAAGAUGAUCUAACAGUCAGCGUUGAGCAGAACACUAUCACUUCCAAUCAUAAGGAAUCGCCAUCAUCUCUGUCGGCAGUUCCAGUUACUAAGGCAACUGCAAAAGUUCUAAUUCCCGCAUCUGCAAAAGAUUCUAACACUAAAAUUGUCGGUGAAAAAUCUAGUUCCAGCUCCCCAGGAGAUAUUUUAGGGCUUGGAAAUUAUGCUUCUGAUGAUGAAGAUGGAGAUGAUGAAAUCCGAAGCUCAAGUCUAACAAAUUCCAAUCAGCAGUCAGGCAUUAAAACGCUUACCGAAGAUACGCAUGAUGCUGCUGAGAAUGGAAUCUCUAAACUUCUUCAAGAGCACGGCAGAAGUAAGAAAAAUAUGGAGAGUGGCAUGGGCAAAACCAGUUCCAUUGAACCCAAAAACAACAAUGGUGCUGCUGUUAGUGAGUUGAAUGAUAAUAGGGUGGAUGGGGGUCUAGGCCGUGCUUAUUCUUCCAAGGUGAUCUCUGAAGAUGGUGAUGAAGGAAUUGCUGUUGGUGGGAAAAUGCUAGUUGGAACCAAUGGCUCAAAGAACACUGUGGGAGUAAUGGAAUCUGGACAACCUGGAGAGUAUGUUAGUUUUAAGAAAACAUCAACUAAUGAUCCCCAACACAGUGAAACAGGAAUGAAGUUAGAUAAAAGUGAUCGACAGGAAAGUAAAAAGAGUUCUGGGAAAGAUUUUGUCAAGGAGGGGGAGGGUAGUAAGAUCAAGGCGGAUGCAAAGGGAGAGGAGAAACGUAGGAGACCAGAUGAAAGACAUCCAAGAAAGGAUAAAGCAGAUGAUUGGAAUGGGCCAAAGGAGCGAAUUAAAGAGCCAGGGGAAAGAGCCAAGCAAUCUGAGGCAAGAAAAAAGUCUGACCAUCUUGACAUCAGGGAAGACAGGAAAGAAGCAGAGAGAUUCCAUCGGGGUAGUGCUAAAGAAGAUACCAGUAGAAAAAGAGAACACAGAAAGAAUGAGGAGGAAGAUAGGUCACGAAAAAAGAAUGCAAGUGAGUCAAGCAGGCACAAGAGAAGACGUUCUUCUUCCAUUAGCAGUAAAGGUAGAAACAGCAAGGACAUCUCUGUUAGUCAUGCCAAUAAUUCAAGUGAUGAAGCCUCUGAUGAUUCUAAAAGGAAGAUGCAAUCAAGGAAACGGAACACAUCACCAUCACCUGUCAGGUCUAGGGGAAGACAAGUUUCGCGGUCCCCGCAUAGCAAGCAUUCUCAGCGCAGGCAUUCUCCCUACUCUUCUCUUGAUACCACCAGGGGAAGAAGGUCAAGGUCCAAAUCACCUGUUCGGAGGCAUAGAUAAUCUGAGAGGAGCCCUCCAGAUCAUAGGCACUUUUAGGCUCGAGUUCACUCAUAUCAGUGCAUAGUCAUGGUGGUUGACUGAUGUACUUGGUUACUCCAGACAUCGUGUUGGUGUAUGUCAAGGGUAAGUUAAGCUCGAGUUCACUAAUAUCGGUGCAGAGUCAUGGGUUUGAGUGAUGUACUCGGUUACUCUGGACACCAUGAUAGUGUAUGUUGAGGGAAGUUAAGCACGUCCUGUAAUAUCUUUGUUGGUCAGAUAGAUGAAUGGAAAGUACAUGUUAGACGGGUUAAUGAUGGAUCAAGGUUGGCAGAUGUUGUGUUUUCACGUCUUGGCUCCCCUGCUCCUGGAGAAGUUUCUAUUACAGUUUUGUGGCCUUAUCUUUGCAUAUUUUCUAGAGGUAUCAUCUGUAAUUGUAUCCCCUGAAGUGUAUUUUAUUUUGAUUUUGAUUCGUUAGGUUGUGGUAUUUAUUCUGAGACACUACCAUCCGGUUAAGAGGAAUGGUAGCCUGUAACUUGUACAAGUCACAAGACCUAAUUAACAGACUGAGUUGUACCA